AUGCAACCAAUGUAUUGCCAAUCUCCCAAAUAAUCUAUUAAGAAAGAUUCUUGUUUGCACCAAUUCUAAAAAUUACUCUCGGAAUCUCUCAAUCGCAAAUAAGCUCAACAAAAUAAAGAAAAUAAUAGAAGUAGUUUUUAAAUGAAGAGCUACAGCAAAUUACUCUCUCCUCCUCAUCACCCUAUUACCACUAAUAAUUAACUUAACUAAGACCUCAAAAAAACCCUUAAUAGAGUCAAAUUUAUGUUAGAUAAAGUCUCCUCAGAAAAUCUGGCCUUAAAAGCAGAAAAAAGAGAAUUAAUAUAACUACUCUAAGAGAAAAACUAAUUGAUAGAAAAGUUAGAAUAAAAUAAAUCAAUUAUUAUUCAACAUUGCUGA